UUCUUACUUCAUUUCAUUCUACGAAUUUUAGCUGUAAUUGUUGUAAAACACACGGAGCACAGCAGAAAAUAUAUAGUAGGAAUGACCGAGCUCAGACACAUAAAGACAACAGACUCCUGUGAACGAGAUCAGUGCGAGUGUUUUAGUUUGCUGUUUUCGCUCGUGCAGUGAUGUGGAGCUGGGUUGAUCUCUAGACAUAAAUGUGAUAAGUUCGUGUGUUUUUUUUUUUUUUUUUUUUUUUUUUUUUUUUAUUUUUUUUUUUCCCUCCCCUCACUAAAUCACUCAACUGUAGUAAAAACAUGGAUGUGGUGAGUUUCCGUUUGCCUGGGCAUGGAGACACCGCCCUGAGUAACAUGAACUUCCUGCGGACACAGCAGCACUUCUGUGAUGUGACCAUUGUGGCGGGAGGCAGGCGCAUGUUCAGGGGUCACAAGGUCGUUCUGGCUGCUUGCUCUGCGUUUCUCAGGGACCAGUUUCUCCUGAACCCCUCAUCAGAGCUACAGCAGGUGUCGAUGUUGCACAGCUCAGCGGUGGUAUGUGAGCUCCUCCAGUCCUGUUACACAGGGAUGCUGCAGUUCAGUGCCAAAGAGAUCGUGAACUACCUGACUGCAGCCAGCUACCUGCAGAUGGAGCAUGUGGUGGAGAAAUGCAGAGGAGCCCUGAGCCAGUACAUGCAGCCCCGGAGUCGCAGCCCCAUUACUGUGAAAUCAGAAGACCCUCAGUCUAUGCCAGUGAUUGUCAGUGGAAGUACCCAUUCAUUGGGAUCCAUUUCAUCCCCUUCUGAUACGGCAUCACUGCAUCCUCACAGUUCAGGAAAGGAGCUCCAGGCUGCCGAUGCCGAACUCUCCAACAUCCCUCACAAAGAUGACAGCGAUUUGACCAUACACCAUGUCCGAGGAUCAGAUGCAUCUGGUCAUUUCGAGGGAGAGGACGGGCCUGAGAGUGACGUCUUUCAGGUGCAGAUCAAUGAUGAACAUCAAGACCCAGAGAAGAAGACCUCUGGUGCUGAGGAGGAAGACCGAGAAGCUGUUGUUGUGUUGGAUGACCACGGGCAGCUGGAUGCAGGUAUAGAGGAGCCCUAUAUGGAAGGGCGAGCCAAAGGCAACGGCAUCGGAGGGGCGGGUCGCAUGUGGAGACGACGGCACGGAGAGCACAGGGGAGGCAGAGGAAGAGGCUUUAAACACCGGAAGCGGUACACUUUCAAGGAUCGCAAGCUCUUGGGUAACUAUCAGGAGGCUUGGCGGUUCCCGACCCCUGAUGAGAUGAUGGGCAAUUUUGGAGCAGACUUUGGGGCUGAUUACCUGUCCAAUCAGCAUCACGCAGACGGUACCGUCCGCAUUGAGUACAGGCCUGGAGAGAGACAAGGAGAAGAGAUUGGCUCUGAUGGAGGUCCUGCACAAUUUAGUGUGGAAGCUUCCAGCGGGGAAGAGGGAAUGGGGGUUGGGACACAUACAAAUGAACACAGAGCUGCUGACGAGUCUGUGGCAGUGGUGGGAUCCACGUCCUGCAUAGCUGGGCCAGUGGUGUGUGAGCAGUGCAGAUUAGCGUUUUCCUCAACGCAGGAUUUAGCCAUGCAUUCCCUGUCAACACACCGGCUGUACGUGUGUCCGUGCUGUGGGAAGCACUUUAGCCACUCCAGUAACCUCAAUCGCCACAUGAUCGUCCACCGUGGAGUAUCCAAGCUCCACUGCUGCCCCCUGUGCCACAAGACCUUCACUCAGAAGUCAACACUGUGCGACCACAUGAACCUGCAUAGUGGAGAGCGCCCACAUGUGUGCGCGUACUGCCACGUCAGCUUUGCCCACAAGCCUGCUCUACGCCGUCACCUGAAGGAGCAACACGGAAGAACCACGGCCCAAAAUUAUCUGGAAAUGCAGAGAAACAAUGAGGGUGGUGCUGGGGAGGGGGUUUAGAUCACAUUUAAAUUGUUAAUGAAAUCAGAAUUAACCCCAUUUACUUUCUUAAUACACAUUUCUAGGUUUAUUGUGCACAAUUUAUCAGUGCACAUUAAGUAAAAAUUGUAUGUCUUUGUAAUCAGUAUGUAAUAACGUGUCAUUUCAAACCUCUAAGACUUUUUUCCUGUGAAACA